GCAGUUGAGCCAGCUGUUCACUGCUGACACGUUUAGGGCACAUAUGUUUUCCUUUUUCUCAAAAUUCCAAUUUAUUUAUCAUUUUUGUUAUUUCACCAGCAAACGAAACAAAGUGUCCUAAAUUUAAUCUCAAUUGGCCAUCACCAUAAUGGAACCUGAACAUGACGACACCUGGUAUCUACGCCCGCUUUCCGAUCCUAGAACGACGAAUGCUCCUGUCCAAACAGCUCCCGCCAAAGUUGAGAUCAAGACUGAACUGCAGGAGUUGCGUCUCUCAGAGGCUUCACAAAAAAUGACAAUGGAAACACUGCGUGCAAUACAUGGACCAGAUUUUCGUCUCAAUGAUGCUUCGUUUUAUAAUGAUCGCGGUGGUCACAUGAAGAAGGCAUAUUGGGAAGACCGAGGCACGUUGGUUGUGCAAAGCAUUACCAACUAUUCAGCCAAUAGCGAAAAAACGGAGACACCCGAAGACCGAUUAAGGCGUUUCGCUUUGCUAAAGCUGGAGAAUUAUGGGUUCGCUCCCUUACAUUGUGUCGAGGCGUACGACCAUUGUGGUGGUGAUACGGAUGCCGCAUUGUUGUUGCUUUAUCGCAAAUACAUGCGUAUACCAGAGACAAAGCUGAAUGAGUCGUAUAGUGUGUUGUUAAAUAAUGACAUUAAUAAAGGCGAACUGCUGGAGAUGCGAAAUGAUGAGAAAUCAGCGCUGGAAUCUAUUUAUGAUGAAGUUUUUGAGGAGAAAGAGAAAAAUACAGUUUGGAGUCUAAAAUUCAAAGUAGACCACCUGUUGAUACACAGCCCGUCGGAGAGACGUAAGCGCACCGGAGUGCCAGAGAAAACCGCCAAGCAGAAGGUGAAAUCAACUGUAAAUGGAAAAGCGCGUUGCCGUAACUUCGAUCGCGAUGGCACAUGUAAAUUCGGCGGCAAAUGCCGAUUUGCACACGUAGCGCCGGUAGUGGAUGAAGAAGAGGCGCAGCGUAAAAAGAAAGAAGGUUUCCAAGAUGAGAAUGAAGAGGACAACUGGUUCUUCCUAGAAAUACGCUUCCCACCCGAUACAAAUUAUCCAUAUGAAGCGCCAUUUAUCUACCUCAAAACAACCUGCCACGACUUGCCGCGCGAUUUACUUUUACUUGUGGCGCGUCGCUUAUAUCGUGAGGCACGCAACAUUUGCGCUGAUGGCAUGGGCUGUGUAUAUAGCAUAAGUGAGGCACUACUAAACGAGGAGGCUUAUGUACAAUUACCAAUUGGUGACGACUAUCCAUUUCCUUCGGACGCGAAAUCGCUUUUCGCCACCAGUGAUAGUAGUGAAACUGACGCGAAUGGUGGCAUGCCUGUAGUGCUUCCUAAACAUUAUGAACGCGGUCAAACUUCCCACACUGAGCAGCAACGAUCAGCUAAGCAGACGGAGAAUGAAGAUCGCGUGCUGAUGCGACGCUUUUUGCAGCGACAGGAAGAUGAGCGUUAUCGCAAAAUGAUGACUGGGCGCCGCAGUUUGCCUGCAUUUGAAAAAAUGCUGGAAAUUUUGGGGCUAAUAGAAACUUCGCAAGUUAUUGUUAUCUCCGGCGAAACUGGUUGCGGCAAAUCCACACAAGUGCCUCAAUUCAUCCUAGAUAACUGGUUAUUCCAGGCUUCCAGACUCACCGCCUCGAACAAAAUGCCACACGUCGAAGUGGUAUGCACGCAACCAAGACGCCUCUCAGCAAUUGGUGUUGCCGAACGUGUCGCCGAUGAACGCACAGAACGUGUCGGUCAAACCGUGGGCUAUCAAAUACGACUAGAGAACAAAAUUUCAUCAACCACGCGUCUAACCUUCUGCACCACUGGUAUAUUGCUGCGAAGACUCACCGCUGAUCCGCUGCUAAGCAGCGUGUCGCAUGUCAUAGUCGACGAAGUGCAUGAGCGCAGUGAGGAGUCCGAUUUUUUGCUAAUGAUACUAAAGGAUCUGCUGAAAGAACGGCCUGAUCUCAAAGUGAUACUAAUGUCUGCUACAUUAAAUGCGAAAUUGUUCUCGGAGUACUUUGGUGGUGCGCCUGUGCUGGACAUACCCGGGCGUACAUUCCAUGUAGAACAAUUGUUCCUCGAGGAUAUACUGGAGGUGUGUGACUAUGUAAUGGAAUGUGAUUCACAUUAUUGUCGAAAGAUCACGAAAAAAGAAGAGGAAGAACUAAUGCGAGAGUUGGAAUAUUCAGACGUGAAAGCCGAGGGGGCAGUACCGGCAAAGAGCAUCAAAGAUGAUAAGCUUACUCUGGCGCAAAUGUACGGACGAUACAGUGAUUAUUCAAAGAAAACGUGUAAGAGUAUCUACCUCAUGGAGCCAAUGAAAAUCAAUCCCGAAUUGGUGGAGUCUGUGCUGAAAUACAUUGUAGAAGGGGAACAUAAUUGGCCUAAGGAAGGCACGAUAUUGGUGUUUCUACCCGGUCUACAAGAAAUUCAGACAGUACAUGAAGCGCUCGCUGAUAGCGCGCUAUUUGGGAAUAGAAGCGGCACAUAUAUCGUCAUACCACUCCAUUCAUCUCUCUCCAGCGAAGAGCAAUCGGCUAUCUUUCGUCCCGCACCUAAAGGCAAGCGAAAAAUAGUGCUUAGCACCAAUAUUGCUGAAACCUCACUCACCAUUGACGAUUGUGUAUUUGUUGUUGAUUAUGGUUUGAUGAAGGAAAAGCGUUUCGACGCCAAUCGUAAUAUGGAAUCGCUGGAAUUGGUGUGGGUAUCGCGCGCUAAUGCAUUACAACGCAAGGGUCGUGCAGGUCGUGUCAUGCCCGGUGUUUGUAUACAUCUCUUCAGUGGCCACCGUUUCUGGCACAAUUUCCUAGCACAACCAGUGCCGGAAAUACAUCGCGUACCCCUGGAACAGCUGGUGCUGCGCAUCAAAACGCUGCCCUGCUUCAGCGAAAAGAAUACACUUGAGGUGUUGGGUCGCACGCUCGAGCCACCCACCGAGGAAAAUAUACUAUCCGCUGUGCGUAGAUUGCAAGAUGUCGGCGCUUUAGAUGAAGCGCAGAAUUUAACGUCGCUGGGCCACCAUCUGGCAGCGCUGCCGGUAGAUGUGCGCAUUGGCAAGCUUAUGUUGUAUGGCGCGAUCUUCCAAUGUUUGGAUAGUGUACUCACCAUAGCCGCAUGCUUGAGUCAUAAAUCGCCGUUUGUGAGCCCUUUCAAUAAGCGUGCGGAAGCGGAGAAGCGGAAAAGGGAAUUCGCCAUUUGUAAUAGCGAUCAUUUGACCAUGUUGUUAGCCUAUAAGAAAUGGCUAGAAGUGUCGCGGCGCAACUUUUACGCCAGCCGGAACUAUGCCGAUGAGCACUUUCUCUCUUUGAAAACAUUGGAUACAAUUUCGGAGGUCAAAUACCAAUUUUUGGAACUCCUUGUUUCGAUUGGUUUCGUGCCUAUGAAUAUACCGAGAAAACGCAAGAACGCCACCGACAACAUUCUCGAAUUGACUGGUGCAGAUUUGAAUGUAAAUGGCGACAAUAAUCGCCUGCUAAUAUCUCUACUCUACGCUGCGCUCUAUCCCAACAUCGUAAAGGUGCUGACACCGGAACGCAGUUACGUUUCGACUGUUGGCGGUGCAAUGGCCAAAAUGAAUUCAGCGAAGGAUUUGCGCUUCAAGACACGACAAGAUGGUUUUGUCGCCAUACAUCCAUCUUCGGUGAAUUCGGUUGUUGGCACUUUUCAAUCACCUUUCCUCAUCUACCAGGAGAAAGUAAAAACCUCACGCAUAUUCAUACGUGAAUGCUCUAUGCUGCCACUGGUGCCGUUGGUGCUGUUCGCGGGCAGUGAUUUCAAAAUUGAAUUACAUAGCGGCGACUUCCUGUUCCUGCUCGAAGAGGGUUGGAUCAUUUUGAAAGCGCACACGCAUGAAACAGCUGAGAUGAUACAGUGUUUGCGUUUGGAGUUACUUAAGCUGCUUGAGGAGAAAAUCAGUGAUCCUUGUCUAAAUUUGUUAAAUCAUGAAAAUGGAUUGAAGAUAAUUAAAACGAUUGUACAUCUAAUAACAAAUAAUAAUUAAGUAGAAGAAAAUGUGUGAAUGUAUUAGAUAAUCUGUAUGUAUGUGUGUAAGUGAGUUCUAAACAAAAUCAUCAAAAAAC